GGUUGAUUGAAUUCUGUCAUGACUAAGCGACAAAGACGUGAACUGAUUCAACAAAAUAAACCUUACGUGUUUCAGAUAACUUUAUCUCUCUUUUCCACCACUAUCUGGUAGCACUUAAAAAUGUCUUUCUCAGUGCUGAUAGAAGAUAAAGAUGUGAAUGUGCUGCGUUCUAUCCAUACAUGUUUUUUAUAUAUUUUGAACCACGGUAAUGUCACUGGAAUCUUUCGCGUAAGUGGCUCCGCCGUACGGAUAAGAUUUUUAACAGAACAUCUUACAAAUAAUCCUGAAACGGAUCUUGAAACAUUCCAGAAAUCGUAUAUGUUCACAGUACAUGAUAUUACUGCAGUGUUGAAAAAAUUACUUGCAACAUCACUCCGUCAUUCUGAUUUUACAAUUGUAAAUAAUCGUCAACUUCUUGAAAAUUUACAAACUAUUUAUGUUUUGGAACAAGAUUCAAAAUGUGUUGUACGGAAAUCUUGUGAUAUCAUAGAUUUACCAAGGAUAAACAUGCAUUUAUUAGUGUACGUUUCCUACCAGUUACAUAGAAUUGCAGCCAUGGAAGAAACAACACUGAUGUCUGCUUCCAAUUUAUCAAUUAUAUUCCAGCCAUAUUUAUUUAAUAACCUUGUGAUAACUAAUCCUGAUGAUUUAAAAUGUUUACGUGGGGUAAUCGAGGCAUUUAUAGUGCAUAGUCCAUUAGUUGUUGAACUACUUCAAGAAAAGGAAAAGUUCUUAACCCCAAUGACACUGACACUGACACCGGCACUGAUACAAGUUAAAAGAAUGGCUGUAGAGGAAGAGAAAAAGCCUUUCAUUUUAAGAAGAGCCCUCUCGUUAAGAGUAAAACGGUUAAAACUGUGAAUUUAACUCCCUAUUGGUGUCGUUUUGUGCUGGUCACAAAAUUCACAAUACUUAAUUUUAAUGUACUACUCUAUCGGAUAAUUUUACCAUAAUACAUGUAUAUAUAUAUGUACCACCC